AUGAGCUCUCUCAAGAUUCCGAUCAAAGACUCAGGUGCCAUGGGACAUACUACUCACGCCAAGGCAACCGGCAUCGGAAACGCCACGAUGGACGAUGACCCUAAACCUGAGACCCGGCAAGACGACGACUCUGUUGAACGCGUUGACAUAGCUGGAACCCCUAUGCACGAGCCUCAACUGCUACCUAUACUCGAAUUCGUUGUAGAAGAUGAAUCUUUCAUUAGCGACGACGCAUAUGCCUCACUUGUUGAUGAAGGCUCCGGCGGCGUUGCACCUCCGACUCUCGCCAACAAGCCACCCAUCGAUGGUCUCAUCCAUGGUCUUGAUAAUGACGGGUCGCAAAGCUCUGUUGGCGAAGUCAGCUCAAAGAGUGGAACACGAGUCGUCUCGCUUGCUGAAGACGACCCCAGCUUUGCCGCACAUAGUAUUCCCAAAGGUGCUCUGAGCGACGGCAUUUCAGAAGACGGGUCAUCAGAUACGACCGCCGAUGACACGGCUUCGAGCAACGCAGACGACUCUAGUCUUGUGGUGCUCCAGAAGAUCGACUCAUACACCGGCGGUUCUCAAGCCGACAGCGUGUAUCAUAUUGAUCAAGCAAACGAUCUGCAUACCGACGAAGAUAAUAAUAACCGGAACUUUGGAAAAGCCCAUUGCGAGAUCAAUACUGUAGACAACAGUGCAAUCAAUGGCUUGUCUCAUGAGAAUGGGACGUACAGCUGGGUAUUCAACAACGAGGCCUUCAGAAACAACACUUGGCACUUUGGCGAGGAAGACGUUGUUGAACCUGCUCCGCAGAUUCGCAGCAAGAAGCCCGAACCGAUUUGGAAGCAGUAUCCUCAAGCCCAGUACCCUCGAUUCGACAUGGCCCUCAAUCCGACCGGCUGCGAUGCAGCCGACUACGCCCUCUUGGGCCCUCUCAUCGAGCGCGGUCGUAACAUAGAGCUCGACCAAAUCUACCGAAGAGGUGUCGUGUUGCUCAAGAAAACCCAACGCAAGGCAUUCGCUUUCUCCUUCAGUGACUGCAGGCCCGGCAAGGCCAAAACGUUCUAUGGCUGGAUCCCCCGAUGGCGUAUUCCGAGACUUGUGUGCAUGGGCUGGGGCGGCUUUACGCCUGCCAUUCUCCACCGCCAGUUCCGUGGGAGCAAAGUAGAUGGCAAGGAGUUGGGUAACUGGAACCCGGUUCCACCCAAGCGAUCAUCGUCAUACGGCACGACCUUUGUCAGUGAUCGGAGGUCGACAUUCAGCCUCCUGGUGCAGUUCAAGUCGGAGCGCGAGGGAGCUGCGCGCAAAGGAGUCACCACGUUUGCGAAGCAAUAUCGCGAGACUGUUGCUGCCGAACAGUGCAGGUGGGAUGUGCACACCACUAAUGAUUUCUGGCCGACCAUAGUCCCCCCCCACCUUCGAGGAAAGACCGACCAGGUCGUUGUCGAGAUGCCUCAGGUUGUGGGUGACGAGAGCAUGGAUGCGAAGCCGUGUACCAAGGGCGUCGAGCAGUCCAUCGUGUCUGGGGGGGGAGGACAGGAUGGAUAUGUGUCGCUCGUCCCGGCUGGCUGCUGUCAACGAACCUGGGUCAUACCCUGCUGA